AUGGAUCCAUUAACUAGGUACAAAAUGAAAUUAGAAAAAGAUAAAUAACAUUUAUAAGAGUACGAGAGAAUUCAGAAGGAAAAAGAAUACUAGAAUGAAAUGAAAUUAAGACAGAAAAAUGACAAAUAUAAUAAUAUUUAACAAAAACAAGAUAGAUAAAAAGAAAUAGGCAGACUCAAGGCAGAAUUAAGGAAAAAUCAUAUAGAUCGCACCUUAUUUCAAAGUUAAUAAAUUGAAUAAGAGAAGUUGAAUAUUGUAUAGGGAUAUUAAAAGAAAAUUGCUAAGACUCUGGAUUCCAUAGAGAAAUAUGAAAAUGGAUAUCAUAAAGAUUACUUAACAUCUUUGCACAGAAAACUGUCAAAUCAUUCACAUUAGAUUGAAUGUGUGUAAUAAUAAAAUGAAACCAUCUUGGAAAAUAAGAUUAAUAAAAUCAAUUAAUCCCUAGAACUUCGAUUCAAAAAGUCUGAGGAUGUCUUAUCAAAUCUUUCUAAACAAAAUAGUGAUCGAAAAAAAAGUGAAAAAAUUAAAGUUGAAACUUAUCAACAGCUGGUUUAGAAACAUUAAGAGAGACUACAACAAUUAAGAGAUCACAAGGCUUAAUAAUUCGAUGAAAAAUUGAAUAAAGUGGAUUAACUUUAGAAAAUGAAAGAACAAUAACAACGAGAGAAACAAUUAUUGAGAUUGGAAGCAGAUAAAUUAAAAGAGAAAAUGAGCAAAGAAUUCGAAUAAGAAUUAGCAGUAAAUAAGAGAUUAUAUAUUUUAGAAAAUGAAAUCGAAGUAAAUUAAACUAAUACAAAAUUGAUAAUGAAUUUGUCAUUCAAAAAAUUUAAUACUUAUCCUUAAUCAAAUUUUCUUGUUUUGCUGUGUUCUUAAUGUUAAUUCACUUCUUGUAGUUUCUAAUUGUAACAUUUGUUUAUUUAAUGGAGUAUUAAUUAUUAUUUCCGACACCCAAAAAUAUUGUUUGUAUUUUUAAAUAUUGUGAAUAAUAGUAAAUUAUUUAAUUAACAGACAAAUAUUACAAUGGAUCAAAAAUAAAAGGUGUAAUCAUUAAUGAGCAAUUAUGUAAAGAAGGAAAUCAAUAGAUCAGGAGUGGUGAAUGUAAAAGUCUACUUGAACAAUGAAUUAUUACAUUCAAUCUAAUUUCCAACUUUAAAUCAAACCACAUUAAAUUUAGUUAAUCAUUUAAAAGGUUUGUUAAAUUAGCCAUUAGUUAUCGGAUUUUAAACAUUAGAUUAAAACAUUCCUUUGGAUUUCUAUUUGACGUAGAAUUAAGAUUUAGGAUUUCUAACCAAUUAGACAAUUUAAUUAAAGCCCUUACAUUCAAUACAAUAAGCUCUGAUAUCAUUGGACUCAUUCUAUUUUUUGUAAUGCAUAGGUGUUGGAGGAUUUUCAAGAGUCUAUUUGGUCAGAUGCAAAUCGAAUGGUUAAUUUAUGGCAUUGAAAAUGAUUUCAAAACAAUUCAUUUAAGAACAUGACAAAUUCUAAAUCAUCUAGAAUGAAAGAAAUAUCAUGGUUGCUUUAGCAGAAUAGAGCAAUUCACAUCCAUUUCUAUGUAAAUUAUUAAGUGUAUUUGAAACAAAAAGUUGGGUUUGUUUUGCAUUAGAAUACUGCCCAGGAGGAGAAUUGUUUUAACAAUUGAAGAGGGUGAAGAGGAUGGAUGAACAAUAAGCAAAGUUUUAUUUUAGUUAAGUUUGUUUGGCUAUUCAUCAUCUACAUGAGAAUGGAAUUAUCUAUAGGGAUAUCAAACCAGAGAAUAUUCUGAUAGAUUAGGAUGGCAACAUAAAAUUGGCUGACUUUGGCUUGGCCAGACCAAAUAUGAAGGAUGAUUUAUUGGCCUUUUCAUUUUGUGGGUCUCCAGAAUACAUGGCACCUGAAAUGUUACUAAAAUCAGGACAUAACUAUUAGAUUGAUCAUUAUUGUUUGGGAGCUCUACUUUAUGAAUUAUUAACUGGUUUGCCUCCCUAUUAUUCAAAUAAUCCAGAAUAGAUCUAUAAAAAUAUCCUAUAGCAUGAUUUAACAUUACCAAACAAAAAUUGCAGUGCAGAAUCUAGAGAUCUUAUGUAGAAGCUGUUACAAAAGGAUGUUUUUAAUCGUUUGGGAAAGGAAUAUGGGAUUUAUGAAAUUCUAAAACAUCCUUGGUUGUAAGAUAAAUCACUUUACAAAAUUCUUAAUAGAUAAUAUGAACCACCGUUCAAGCCAGAUCUUAUGAAGAUGAAUUUUGAUUAAAAUGAAAUAACUAAAGGGGAGAAUAAUUUUUAGAGGGAUCUCUAAAAAUCAUUGAAUUCAGAUAAUGAAAAUGUCUUCACUCCGUUUUUCUCUAAUUUUUACUUUUCUUCAAUUAUUCAAAAGACUUAAGCAAGAUCAGCCUCAAUAACCUAAAUAAGUUCAUCCAAUAUUGAUGAUAAGAUUAACAACUUAUUAAUAAGUAGUAAGGUUAAGAAUGUGUUGCAAACUCAUACAGCAUCUCAGCCUAAUAUACAUUGUUAGUUAAAAUAGAAAAAAGUGUCUUAGGAAAGAAAUUAAGAUAAUAACAAGGAAAAUAUCAUGAAAAACUUUAGUUCCCUUAUUACAAAGACAUGUAAGAAACAUAAGAAGAAUAAUUAAAGCAUGCCUGAUUAAAGUUGUGGAAUCUCUUCUGAAAUGAGAUCGCUAUCAACUUAGAAAAUAAUAGAGUCACAAAAAGUGCCAUCAACAUUUAAUACAACUCUAUUAAAAUCUUAAUUCACAGAAACUGAUGACGAUUCAAGUGUUAAUAAAACACAUAAAACUCUUUUUGGAGAAACCAAAAGUUUGAAUAAAAACUUCACUAAUUAAUGCACAUUAUUGAGAUUUUUCAAAUAAUGA